AUGCGAUGCGCGAGCAAGGCCGCCGAGAGCGCGUCCGCACGUCUCUGUGCGGACGCCGAAGCAGAAACCGCAGCAACUGAUGUGUCAUUGCCGAAGCAGUAUGAGCUUGGUGUCUCAUACUCUCCUGAUACGGAAGACAGAUCCGUAUCAACGGCGAUCGAAUCCAAGCCGCCUGCCAAGCGUGGCAUGGAUGAUGCUAUGUGUCGUAGCAUCUUUGGUUCAUCUGACGAAUCAGAUGAACCACCGCCGAAGCGAAGGCGCUCGAGAUCGCAAGACUUGGGCGCUCACAGUGGUGUCGGUUCUCCUAUUGACAUCACUUCGCAGCGAGGUGCCAGUACUUCUGUCGGCACGUCGCAGGAAGAGCGGGACCGCAACGUGUUGCGUCUCGCUCCUGAAAAGAAGGCAUGGAUGCCUCCAAAAUCCGUCAUGGAUCACUUGUCGGCGACGACGAGUGAUCGCUAUCGAGCACGAUUGUUCGAUUCGUCAAGGAUCCAUCACCUUGACCCCAGCGCGAAAAACUAUCGCGCUGAGCAUGACUUCUUCAUCGAUGCUUUCUUCAAACAUCGAUGGUACAGUGGAAAUCACAAGCGUGAUGGUCCCUCACUGCUUCAAGCGUGGAACGCUUACAUCCAUAACCUUGAGAAUGUAGGUCGGGACGUUUGGAACGACAAACUUAUCAAAGCUCGUGAUAAGUUUGAAAAGCGAACCCCGACAGCUGCACGCUACAAGCUGCAUCGUCUGUCUAGGGAGAGUGGGUUACCCUGUCUCUCCUGGGGAGAACGUGCCCAUGUUGUGUGA